AUGGCCGCCGCCGGAAAGAAAACCAUCGGCUCCGCCGCCUGGAUUGCGGCAGAGAAGGAAAAUGUAACGCGCUUGUUGGAACAAGAAAUGGAAGAGGUGGAAUUUCCAGUUCGUCAUGAGAUGGACUGGCUAAACGAACACAUGGCCGAGAUCUUCUUAAGGAAUCAAUUCAACAUGACCGAGAUAUUCAAAACGCCUGGAAAAAUGCGAGGCAAGACCCCUCGGACUGCACGCAAACGUAACCCAGAUGAAGCUCGCGUGCCUCUCAGUGAUAUUUUCUCGACUGCAAAUCAAAGACCGAAAUCGCCUUCGAAGUCUGCAAAAUCACCCGAAAAGCCAGUCGCUCCUCAAAUGCCAAGUAAACAGGCUACUGACCCGUUGUCCCGCGAGCCAGUCGAUGGCCUAGUUCAAGAACCAAUUAAGAACCCGCCCGAGAAGCCAAUGGACACAUCUCCUGAGAAACCUGUUUCUUAUCCAGCACUUGAUAUCAAAGGCAAACAGCCUAUAAGAGAUGUGCAUCUCAACAAGGCGCUCAAUUCCUUUUCCACCUUCAACACGGAUUCGGGCUAUCACGGCCUGGGCGACGACGAUGAACUUGUGCUACCAAGUACACAGCCUCUUCCUGAUACACAAGUGUCUGCUGAUUCACGUGUAGUCGUCACGGCCCCGACACAACCUCCUGAACUCGGUGUGGUGCAUAAUAGAAAGAGCCUGUCUAUGGAUCGACGCACAACCGAAGGAUCCUUUGUUUCUGCUCAAGAGAACAUUAUAUCUCGUGGACAAACUGUGGAGCCGAUGGAUAUCGAAACAGAUCAUCAAGAAAAAGCCGACGAGGACACACCUCGUCCGUUGGUUAAAGCCGCCCAAGAACCACGGGGUUCCCUUGUAAAACCUAUAGGUAUUCAACGAGAGACUCAUGUCAAUACAGACAGACUUGGCAAGAAUGGUGACAUUGUGAUUGAUGAUAAUUUUGAUGAUAUUGGCUCUCCCUCCGACGGAUCAACACCUGCCCGACCUUUAGUGAGGAAGAGCAGCUUGAGCUUCGCAUCCUUGCCUGCUCGCGAGCCAUUGAUGACAAAGAAAAGUAUAGGUCCGCGGGUAUCGCGUACCAGCCAUGUUGACAUUAUCAAGCCAACGGCCAUAGGGCGUCAGAGUUACUUUACAGGCCAGAUCGAAGGGGUCAGGCCAGUUGUCAGUAAUACUGCCGCAGAAAAGGAGGAAACACGCCAGGAAAACAUGGACCGGGAUAGGAAAGGUCGACCAUUUCAACAAGGCGAAACUGCUGUGGCCUAUGAUACCUCUGCACUGCACAGUCCACGGACAACGAAAUCUACUGCCCCCGUGUCACAUGUUACCAACAGCCAGGUCAACUAUCCUGAACUACCAGGCUCUAGAAAUGACAGCACAGAUAUUGAACGCGUCCCUUCAUCAAUCUCAACUUCCCAAGAAAGCUGGAUCAAACCACUAGGUUCUCCACAGAAAUCAGCCAUGGCGAAGAGCCAAACUGCGGAUAUCAUAGAGUUUGUUGCGGGAAAUGAGACAGUUGGGAACCUUGAAAAGAGCAAAAUCACACGUACAGAAACUUUCCACGAUCUUUCUAAUAGACGCCCACCAACGCCAAAACGCACUGCCUUCCCUUCCUUUGAUCAGCAUCAAUCCAUGUUUGCAGCGACGCCCCCUUCCCCUCAUCGUUCGGAGUCGUCUGCUCAGCCGGUCUCUAAUACAGCUGUUGAGUCCACCACUCCAGUUACGUCGCCGAGACGGCUUGACGGUAUGUUGAGCGGGUCAAAGUCAAGAUUUCAGUCGAUUAUGAAGUCGGCACAGGGACUUUUUUCGAGUAGCGCUAGCAUUUCGGCAGCAGCCAAGUUAGAGACGUUAUCUCCUAGUGCUUCCCGCCCGCAACCUAAUCUUCAACGCUUGGGAACUAGUCCUGAAAGAUCCUCCCCAAGCCCAGAAAAGUUGCCUACCCCAAAACGAAGUGCUACCGAAGCGAAGAGUAACACUGCCGUGAAACAGACUCAACUCGAAGAUCCCUUCGAGGUUGAAGAACCCCGUACUCGCCAAGCCAAAGCCACCGAGCCUAGCACUAAGCUAGGAAAACUGCAGAAAAAAGUGCAGUCGAAAGAGCCUGAUGCACAUGAAACUGUUGAUCUUCCCUCAUCUAACCAGGCAAUGACGAAGAAAAAUCAACGAACGCAGCCUCAAGUACGGAAAGAAGCAGCGGUUGAUACUGAUACUGAGCCCAAAUUCCCUCUCCCCCCUAGUUCGUCUCACGCCCAGACGCAACCUGCAAGACAAAGGCCAGUCAAACCUAUGAGAGAAGCGACGCAGAAGCCGAAACCACAACCCAUGUCAAUCCGUGUUGGGAGCACAUUGCGCAUGCCGGUACCAUCGGCAGCCUCUUAUAGCCAGGAACCUAUUUCGGGGCCAACGCCUGUUUCCGCAAAGCAGCCUACUCUGUCUAAGAAAGCUAGCAAUUCUUCUUUGCAGACAAUGGCGUCGAACACGAGUUUCAAGAGUUCGAUAUCUAGCCAGUCGCAGCGCCGAGCACAGGUAGCAGCAGCAGCAGAAAGCAAGAAACAAGAGGAACGGGACGCGUUGUUGCGGAAAGAAGAACAGAAGAAACGAGCCGCUCAACAAAAGCAACAACAAGAAGAGUUGCGACGCCAGGAUCGAGAGCGACCCGUUGCAGAUGAGAAAAAAAAAUCGGCGCAGCAAAGACUUGAAAAUGCGCGUAUAAGACAGGGAAGCCAACCGCCAAGACCGGCCAAUGAUUUGGGGUCCUCCAUUCAACAGGAAAAGACCACUCAACGAGCUGACAUGGGACCGGCACGACCCCCUUCUCGAUUGGGCUCUUCUAUGCAGUCUUUUAGCCGAUCUAUAAACCAGCCCCCAACCAACCCAGCAAAACCAGCAAAGAGGCACCUGGAAGACGAGUCGCAGCACAGGCCUCCGGCGUCCGCAUCGCAAAAUAAAAGCCAGACGGCGGAAGCGAAAAGAAGGAAGACUGAGGACGAAUACAACCAGCAACUCUAUAGCCAGCCGGCCACCUCGUUAAAGCAGCAGCCUAUAAGAAAUGAAAAUGGAAAGCUUUCGCUCCUGGCACAUGCUUAUCCACAGGCACCUCCACCUGCAGCACAUCAUCAAAUCGGUGGAUCCUUGUAUAAAACCGGACCCGUGCAACCAGGUGCAGCAGGUCAACAGCCGAAGCAUGCAGCACCCAUAGACAUGACGCAGUAUACCAGUGGGAAGAUUCCAUCUGCAGCGAACAACGCUACAGCACAUAAAACGCCUAGUCACAAGACACCCAAUCCUGGUCCUAGUGCUCAACGUGUUCCUGCAAAGGCAUCCCCGCAAUACCCGCCUAGCGAGAGCAUCCACCUUCCCGAACCUCCUACUGACAGCGAAGACGAAGACUCGGAUGCGGAUAUGAUGCCGGUGGCGGACUGGGCACAAGGCUCUGCACUUACUGAAGCCCUAUCCAUCCAAGAGACGUGGCCCGUUGAUUGGAUUUUCGGGCCCGUCCCGGAUUUCUCAAUGGAGGACGCAUUUAAACAGGACAAGAAGGUCAAGAAGUUCCGUGAGCGCACAAGCAGCGCUAACUGGAGCGGACCCGACGGCUUGACGCAGGACGAGAUUACUCGCGACAUGGCUGCACGGCGGAUAAUGCGUGCAAAUGGUGGGUGGUCGUAUAAUGUUUCGUAA